AUGUGCACGGGGAAUCAGGGAAAUAAGAAGGAACAUGCCAGUGAUCAACAAAUAGAAAACCCAAUGGUUGCACCGCACCAGCAAGCUUCCGGCACGCAGGAAGUCCAGGAUAAGAAGUUUCAAUUCAGUUGGAAAUUGCCUUCUUCCUCGGUCAAUCUGGAUAGGGAGGACAGUCCUGUAAAUCCAUACUAUCGAUCCAUUCACGCGAGAAUGACACAUCCGAAGUGGACGCUUCCGGACGCAGAUGAUCAGAGCGAAGUUGAAAUUAGUGGUUUACCGGAAUUUGAGUGCGAUGCAAAUUCAUACAUGGACGCGUGUUCUUGCUGUACUAUUUUAGAGGAAACUACUGUCGCGACACAUCGCGACUGCUGUAAAAAGGAACGAUCGAGAACGGAGGCUUACUGGAAAAUUAAGGAGAAAGUAAAGAACGCUGUCAAGAAACACAAAAUAUUCCUUCUACGAGGCGAGCUGCCAAAACUGAAGGGAGCGCUGGAGGCACGAGGGUGGGUGCAGAAGUACGAGUCAACUAGAACGAGAAUGCUGCCAUACGGCACCGCAGCUAACUUAGAAGCUCACUCCCUGGGCGAUAUCACGCACACGGAUGGAACGUUGAACGAGAGAGCUGUGAUUUUUGCCCUCUUGCGGUACAAGCAGCCCGACUUCGUAUGGGAUUGCAGGAACAAUUUCGCCGAGUGGCAUCGCGGACUCGGUUGCAACGUUCUGCUCAACAAAUACCAGAGAUCUUUCGUUUAUACUUCGAAGCUCGGAAUGGCGCGCUUACUGGAAGAUGCAUAUUGGCUGUACGAAGAGAACGUGUCCGACGCCUUGUUUCCGCGCACCUACAGUCCCAGCACGGAUCAACAAGCCUUCGUGGAUAACUUUCGACUGACCGCGGCUGUGGGUUUACUCAAAUGGUUCGUUCGCGGUAUAACCGCCGACGAGAAGAUUCUCGUGGUCAAUUCGGAAGAACGACAAGCUAUUCCGAUCGCCAGACUGGAGUUCGCGAUACAGCAAUGCGAGGAGUUUGUCGCCAUCGCGACGCACGAGGACAUCGAUGAUGAAAAAAGAGAGCAACCGUCCGACGAGGAAUGGAAUUAUUUUUUGGACGAUUAUAUGGCAGCGCUUCAUCACGGAGCCGGUAUCGCUAGCUCGUCAGAAAAAAGUAAACUUUUUCAGAAAUGUUUCCUGGCCGCCGUCGCAAUUUUGGAGAAAUUAAAGACUGUCGAUUCGCAGUAUGAGAUGAGCGACAUGAGAGGCAUUUGGAUUCUAAAACCCAGUCAUUUGUGUUGUGGCAAUGGCAUCGUUAUAUCUCACAAUCUCAAGGAUAUCAUGCACAAAGUUGAACAGAAACCCAAAGAUUAUUAUAUCGUACAGAAAUACAUUGAAUGUCCCUUACUGAUCAAAGAGACCAAGUUCGACAUACGACUGUGGUACUUGGUUACAAGUACCUUUCCUCUCACAAUAUGGCUAUUCAAGUAAAUCGUAUCACAAUUAAAUUAUCUACAAGCAUUCCUUCGAUUCAGCUCGAAGCCGUAUACUUUCUCGAACUAUCACGAGGCGAUUCACAUUUGCAAUACUGCCGUUCAGGAGAAGUAUGACGAUGAGAAGAGACGCAGACAGCGACGGAGGCAAGAAGAUCCCGAGGAAUCCGCCAGCAGCAGAUCGGUGCGCGAUCAAGGAUGGGACUGCGAGAAGCUGAACGAAUAUUUGAAAUCCAUAGGCCAUAAAGGCGAACCAUAUUAUGAUCUGAUUUACCCGAAAAUGACGGAGGCCAUCGUUCUGAUGAUGCUGGCAGCACAGAAUCAUAUGGAGAGGCGCCGUUGCAGCUUCGAAUUGUAUGGCGCCGAUUUCAUGGUGACCGAAGACUUGUCAGUCUGGCUGAUCGAGAUCAAUACCAAUCCCCGUAUGCAUCCGCCAAGCUCCAGACUGACAAGACGUCUUUACUCCAAUGUGUUAGACAGCCUAGUGAAAGUGAUAAUGGACGUGCCGGUGAACGCUUGCGCCGACACGGGUGGCUUCAGUCUGGUCUACAAGCAGGACAUACCCGACUUCCAGCCGUACCUCGGUCCCUACCUUUUCGUAGCUGGCAAGUCGAUGACACUGCACGAGCGACCACCGGAACCAACAUCGGGGAAAGAAAGGAGAGCAAACAUUUGCGGUCCCUGGAGCAAGCAGCAACGUGCAAGGACCGCCCCGCCCAUGAUCCUACGCUCGAGAGAACCGAACGUGGCGGAUCUUAUUGACCAUUUGAAAGCCGCUCGGUGCACCGCGGCCAAUUGACGUGAAACCCUCUCACUCAGUCGGUGGCGUUGGUGCCAUAAG